GCGAGCCUAGUCAAAGGGACGGCAGAGCAGGAGGCGAUUAUGGAUAAGACCCAUCUCCAUUCUUUCUAGUAUAGCUUUCUUCAGAUUUCUUGGACAGUAGAGGCCACCCGGCUAACCUGACUGGGAGUGUACAGGUGGCAGGAGAGGGGGUGGGCAAUGGAGGGCUGAUGGACAGCAGAAAGGACCAAUCAGAGGACAAUGCUGGCAAGGAACCGCUUCAUCCUGCUUUUGGUGGUUGGGGUGGUGCUAGCUGUUCUCAGCUACAGCGUGCAGUACUUGCAGCUGGUGCCGGUGUCUCCGGUGGAGUCGGGCCGUGCUGGCGCUGGCGUGGGCAAGAGCAGGAAGAGGGUGAACCCCGUGCUGCAGACGCCGCCCGCCACGCCCGACCCCCUGGCCGGAGCCCACCGCUACUGCAACACCCCCAACCGCACCCAGCAGACAUGGGAGGGCCACAGCCCUGCAGACUACCAGCUGCUUUCCGUGCACGUCAUGAUUCGUCAUGGCGACCGCUACCCUCUCUACUCCAUCCCCAGGACCAAGAAACCUCCUAUAGACUGCACCUUGUCUCCUAACAAAUGGCCUUCCCACCCGCUCCUGUCCUCCUUCAUCAGUGACAUGUCUAAAGACGGCCAGACAGACAACUGGGACGCCUCGCUCACCUCGGUGGCCCGCCUGCCCAAUCACAAGGCGUGUGAGAUGGGCGAGCUCACUCAGACAGGUGUGGUUCAGCACCUGCGUAACGGGCAGGUGUUGCGUGGCGCGUACCUGCGCGGUCCCCCGCUGCUGCCGGCGUCGCUGGGCUCGCCCCAGGUGCUGCUGGAGACGACGGGCAAGAGCCGCACGCUGCAGAGCGGCCUGGCGCUGCUCCACGGCCUGCUGCCCGGCUUCUCGCGGCCGGCCCUCAAGGUGCGCCAGCACUGGAACGCGCUCUUCUGCGGCCGCGCCUGCGACUGCCCCGCGCGCCAGCGCCACCUGGAGGCCGAGCAGCGCCGGCAGUACCGGCUGCGCGUGGCCGACACCCGGCUGGACCGCGCCUACGUGGACAUGGCGACGGCGCUGGGCGUGGCGACGCGGGUGCUCCGGGCGGCCAACCCGGUCGACGCGCUGCUCUGCCACCUGUGCCACGGGCUGCUGUUCCCCUGCCGCGUCGCCGACGGCAACGGCGCCAACGCGUCGUCCUCGUCGUCGCCGCCGGCGUCCCGCUGCCUGACCCUGGCGCACCUGGCGGAGAUCCGGCGGCAGCAGGAGGAGGACGAGCGGGAGCGGCAGGGGGCGGGGCUGUACCACCGCUACGCCGUGCUCGCCGCGCAGCCCUACCUGGAGCGCUCGGCCGCCCGCAUGGAGCGCGUCGCCCGUGGCAACCCGGCGCCGCCCUCCUCCGAGCCCCUGGUGGCCGUGGCGUCGGCGCACGACAUCACCAUGGCGCCGCUGCUCAGCGCCCUGGGCCUGGAGGGCGCGGCAGGGUUCCCGAGCUUCGCCGCGCGGCUGGUGAUGGAGCUGUGGAGGCGGCCGAGCGCGGCCGGAGCGAGGGAUAGAGUAGGGACAGCGGUGGAGGAGAAGAGGAAGGGGAAGGAGAAGGAGCGAGGGAGGGAGCUGAGGGCCAAGCGCUCGCAGGACGACCUGUUUGUGCGCGUGCUGUACAACGGCGAGGACCUGACCUUCCACACCACCUUCUGCCGCGCGCACCCGCGCCACACGCACACGCCGCUCUGCCCGCUCGGCAAGUUCCUGCGCUUCGUCCGCACCGACAUCUUCCGCCCGCUCAACGCCACCAGCUACCAGGAGGCGUGCCACGCCACAGGACCUUAGUGACCACACAUAGGCACACACACACACACACACACACGUAUACAGACGCACACGCAUGCACACAUAACAGCUAGACGGGAUGAAGAAUAAACCUGCCUCACACACACAAACACACACACACACUAAUUCACAUAAGGCAACUUGCUACAUACCUGAACCUGCCAGAUGCAUGUACAGUAUACACACACACAAACACACACACACACACACGCACACGCAAAUACACAUAAGGCAGCUUGCUACAUACCUGAACCUGCCAGAUAUACACACACACCUUGCCUACAUACAGUACGCACAUACAGGAACCUGCCAGAUAUUCAAACAACAGAAAACCUGCCACAACCAUGAUCCUAUCAAUCCUGCCACACACACUCGGGAAAAUCUCACACGCAUGCACACAGGCACGCACGCACAAACACACACGCACACACACACACGGUCACAAAUUCACAAUCUCACACACACACCUGGGAAAGGGUUUGGAGUUGUUUAUGGGACUGAAUGGAAGUUAACAGCACUACAGGUACCUGCUGAGAGAAGUGAGCCCUGGUCCACCAAAUCCAUUCCCUUGAUGAGUGCUGCAGGGCACUGCAGGUCCGCUCACAUUCCCUGCUGUUUCACUAUUAGUACUUUGUACCAUAAAACUCCUCGUCCAAGGGCUAACCAAUAGACUAUUCCAUUCUUGAAACUUACACGAUUGUAAGACGGUACAUGCAUUCCCUCACGUUAACACUCAACCACACACACACACACACACACACACACACACACACACCACAUGCCUUUUUCUAUUGAAGGAUGUUUUAAGUGUGGUGAAUUGCACAGACUUUUCCAGUGGUCUCAGUUCUCUGUUUUAAACAUCCCGUGUUGCUGAGGUUCCCCCGAGUCGACUCGUGAGACUCGUGAGACGUCUCCGUGAGAGUUGUCGCCAUGGCGGGUCAUAGGGACCAAGUUCUUGGGCACGACGCCACUUUAAUCCUCCACCACCUAGUUUGUGGGCAUUCUUUACCCGCCGUCCUCCCAGCCGGACCCUAGGACGUCCUCCUCCGCGCUGGAACAGACGAGCGAAUCGGAACGGUGCAGCAUCGUUUUACCGGUGUAAUUUUAAACGUUAACAUAAGUUGUUACCUGUAACAGAUUCCUGUUGUCUUACCAUUCUGAAUGUUGGAUUAAGAAUUGUAUCAUGUUUUUUUUUGCCUCUAUGUAACAGUUAAUUCUCAUGGUUAGGCCUAAUGGUUGUGGAUAAUUAUCUGUUAAACACAAACUCCUCUGUUGUUUGCUAUGGACACAUUUGAGGCAAAAUAAAUAAUAACUAUAUGAUUCCCCUAA